CACCGCUCAAAAUGUCUAUCUUUAGUUUGUGAAACAGAAUAGAGGUUAAGAACCGCAGUCGCAUGGAAAUUUUGUCCCCACAUUACAAUCAUAUUUUUGUAGUCAAGAAUAAUAAUUGUUGCAAUGGCCGCCGUAAAAAAGGACGAGGAAUUGAACAAAAAUGAAGUUCUGGAAAACGGCGAUGAAGACGAAUUAGAUGCAGUAGAGGACGGCGAAACUAAAGAUCCCGCUAAGAAGAAGAAAAAGAAAAAAAAGAAGAAGAAGGCAGAAAAUGACACAAAUGCUGAGAAUGAUGUUACUGAGGAUGUUGGAGAUAAAAUUGAAGCAUUAGCUGUUGAAGAUGGUGAUGAGAAAAAGAAGAAGAAGAAAAAGAACAAGAGCAAAUCUGGCAAGGGUCCAUCAAAGGAGCAGACCAAUCCACCAACCAUCCCUAUUGCCGAACUCUAUCCUGAUGGAAACUUCCCUGAGGGUCAGAUAAUGGAACAUGGUCCAGCUGAAGGCAUAGAUGACAGAACUGCCAAGGAGCGCUUCUCUAGUGAGGAGAAGAGAGCUUUGGAUCGGCUGCACCAGGAUAUCUAUCAAGAAAUACGACACGCAGCUGAGGCACACAGACAGACACGUAAACACAUGCGUGAUUGGAUCAAGCCAGGCAUGACUAUGAUUCAAAUCUGUGAGGAACUGGAAUCAACUGCUAGGCGCCUCAUUGGCGAAGAUGGAUUGAAGGCAGGGCUGGCUUUCCCUACUGGUUGCAGCCGUAACCACUGUGCAGCUCAUUACACUCCAAACACAGGUGACACAACAGUCCUGGAAUACGACGACGUCGUGAAAAUAGACUUCGGUACUCACAUCAACGGGCGUAUCAUCGACUGUGCGUUCACUCUAAGUUUCAACCCGCGUUACGACCCGCUGGUCAAGGGCGUUCAGGAGGCCACUGAAGCCGGUAUCAAGGCUUCUGGAGUCGAUGUCCGACUGUGCGAUGUUGGUGCUGCUGUACAAGAGGUCAUGGAGUCACAUGAAGUUGAACUUGAUGGUCAGGUGUAUCAAGUGAAACCCAUUCGCAACUUGAAUGGACAUUCUAUCGGACCCUACAGGAUUCAUGCUGGCAAAACGGUGCCCAUCGUAAAAGGAGGUGAAACAACACGCAUGGAAGAAAAUGAGUUCUACGCUAUCGAAACGUUCGGUUCCACCGGUCGUGGACAAGUUCAUGAUGACAUGGACUGUUCGCAUUACAUGAAGAACUUCGACCAACAGUUCGUGCCUUUGAGACUGCAGUCAUCAAAACAGUUAUUGAACUUGAUCAACAAGAAUUUCGGGACUCUCGCGUUUUGUAAGCGGUGGCUGGAGCGCGCGGGUGCGUCGCGUUACGCGAUGGCGCUCAAGGACUUGUGCGACAAGGGCGUAGUCGACGCCUACCCUCCACUCUGCGACAUCAAGGGCUGUUACACGGCGCAGUUCGAACACACUAUUCUCCUAAGACCCACGUGCAAAGAAGUCAUUUCCCGCGGAGAUGACUACUAGCGAUAGCCACGACUUACGUUAUGUUAUGCCCGCUUAAUCACUUUGCAAUUUUUAUUUAAGUCAACAACUUCAAAUCAACUCAGAUUUUUAUCAAUAGGAUUGCAGUUAUGAUUAGUUACGAUUUAAAUAGUUUCAGAAAACAUAAUAAAUA